AUGCUCCUUCCUCUCACAUUCCCCGCAUAUGCAAACAUUCAGGAUGCUAGCGGUCCUCCAAUAAACCUCAUUGAGUCCGACUUUAACUCGGAACAGACGGCUUCGUUCAUAUCCUGGAGAACAGAGAAUGGCUUAGAUCAUACUGCCGUUGGCAGCUCCAAGGGUUCCAUCAACGUCUUCAGCUUCCACCCUACCAAUACUCCAACUUUGGACUCCCGUGCAAGACUCACUAUCACACCACCUUCUGAGCACAAUCCACCCACCGCCCCGUCUCCGUCUCCCUCACACUCUCGUCGGCACUCCAGAUCACUCCAGUCACCCUCGUCGUUAUCAUUCAAUCAAGCUCUAAUCAAUGUUUCUGCCAGAGCGCGAGUGGUUUCUGGCGUAUCACGCGAACAAGUAGAAGCCCCAAAGAAUUACGUUGACUUCGAAGACGAACCCGGACGAUUGAAAGACAUACUCAGGAGCAACAACAAGCACAGGCGCACUCUCGCAGACUCAAUCCUUCCUAGCUUUGAUAGAGGCGUGGUAAUAGAGCAAUCGCCUGCUCCAACCUCUCCAACGCUUCUGCCCACCUUGCCAAACUCACCUUCAGGUGCUUGUAGCACGAGCAAAAAUAAGGAUGAUCCCAGAUCGCUGCUUUCGGAGACAAAUUCCCCGACGUUUUCCCUGGGAUCACCUUCGGCACUGCCGUCUCCUCGUCAACUGUCCCCCUUCGAUGGCUCACCGUCUCGCGGAACAGUUAAAGCAACUAUCAUCCUUGAUCCUUGCGGACCUGGGCAUGCGGUAUCGGCCAUGCGGUAUUUAGAGACAGUGAAUCUAUUGAUUGUCCUUCAAGAAUCAGGGUGCGUUCUAUCGCCACCAGCCUACAUUGCUAGCCCAUCGAGCCUCCUAGCAAUUUAUCUGCCUUUGGCAUGCGGGACAUUUUGGAAAUGGGAGACUAUUCGGAUAGUGCCUACGGGUGACCAAAUGUACCUUAUUCUGGCGUGUGCAUCACCUUCGCAGCCUCCUUUUGCAGAGACAUUUGGCCUUGCAGAUGAACCUCGUGAUUCGAAAGUGCGUCUGAAUAUGUUUGAGCUUUCUGUGGGGGACCCGCAUGGUGUGCAUUCAACAAGAUUCGAGAAACUCGCCUCCGAUGUCUGGCAGGUCGAUGGGCCAGCCGUUGGAGUAGAGUUACUUAUGAAUGAUACCGACGGUUCAUUUCAGCUAGUGUACAUUAAUUCAACGAACUACCUUGUCACUCGGUGCUUGACUAUCAUCCCCGCAUAUGAAAUACGAGCUCGCGGACGGUCCUUCACCUCUUCACCAGCUCAUUCUCAAGAAGAUAACAGGACAUUGGCGAUCCCGAACCCGUUCAAAGUGUUUGGUAGCAAAAGUGCCGAGAGUAUUGCUCUCUUGGGUCAAAACCAUAAUUCUGGAACAGAGCAGGAGAACAACUUUCCCACAAUCGCGACAAUUGAUCUUGGGCGAGUCCAGCUAGAGGAAGAAGAAUCCCGUGGUAUUGUGAUCUCAUCUCCAGAGUUUUUGCUCGAAGGCAUUACUGCCCGCUAUGCUGGUUUGAAUGAGAGGAUUAUAGGGCUCGCGUGGUCGAACACAGAUAUCACGGGAUUUAUUGCAGGAGAACAAGAGAGAUCUCUUACAACUUUCGCUGUUCCUUUCAGGAGCUGGGGUAAGAUCCAAGGUGUGCAUUUCAUGGAUGAUGAAACGUUUGUGGUACUUAGUGAUACCAUCUCUAACUACUGUUUGCGGCGCGUUGACGCCGAUAAUAACACUGCAACUACUUUUUCUGGAACGUCGAUAAUUACUCAAGCAAUUCAAACGAUGACGACUUAUGGUGGCCCUUCAUUGAUGCUAUCGUGGUCAAGAUCGUCCCCUCACGAUGUCUUUGCGCUCAGGCAGCUUCGAUCAGGGCAAAAGGAGAUUUUAGUUCAUACCAUCAAUCCCAGGCAGGAUGUAUCGACCAAGCAGCAUCGCCGAAGUUUGUGGAGAGCACAGAGUCCGCCUAGUGGUACUAUCCCAGGAGGAGCAAAAUUGACGUCUGUUCUGCCCGUGGAGCUCAACUUCGUCUUGCUGGGUUACAGCGAUGGCCGCAUUCGACAGACUUCAUUACCGUGCCUUUUGCAGCGAAGGUACCAUGUACGAUCCGCGCCUCUCUCCGCUUUCUCUCCUAUAUCUGGUGAUGAUGUGUUAUUUGACAAAGUAUCAGACAUGAGCUUGCCUUCGUCUAUAUUGAAUAUGCAUCUUGUCCGAAAUGACCGAACAGGAGAACGAUAUAUCUUAGGAGGAACAGACGAUGGUGGCAUUGCCAUCUGGGCACUGGAAUCCCUAAAGCUCCGAGCGCGAUUUACUCCAUUUAUUGUACCUCUGACGCGUGUAGCGCAGGUGCUACAAUCCAACGAAAAUGCAGGGCCUCUACGGGGAUCGUUACUUUGCGUCUCAGGCGAUGGAACUAUUAGUGUGGUAUCGAUAGAAGGCUUCGAAAUGCUUUACCUCAUUCCUGGGUCGUCCUCUCCGAUAGCCCGCAUCUAUGCUAGUGGGGAUGACAACAACCGUGCACUAUUGAUCUACGCAGAUGGGAGUGCGCGUGUCUGGGACGUUGAGUCGGGCGAGUUUCUUCGUGCAACGAACGAAGAGAAAGCCAAGGAGCUCGUCGAUGCUGGUGGCUGGAUCAAUAUCUCCCUCGACAAGUCGGAGUUGACCUCAAUCUCCAUUUCGAUGCUUAGCGGAUCUGCUGGGCCUGUUUCAUUGUGCACCCUGUUGCUCAGUCUAGAUCGCUUUCUAAAAUACACUUCCGUGAACGUUAAAUCUUCGGGACUUGCGUUGUCAUCAUCAUCUGCCCCUUCAAACGCUACACUUUCGCAGCUUCGUGCUGUAUUGUCCGUAUUGCUGACGCCUGGACUCAGUCCUGACAUAGACGAAAUCUGCGAAAACAAGCUUGGCACCAGCCCGUCGCCAAGCACGGUAGGAUUUGCAUCUGCGCUUACCACCACCAUUUACCAUCAUGAUCACCCCAUUCACGCUUGGUCAAUGUCAGCAAAAGUUUCUGCUGAUCGCGUCCUCGCGAUCGUCUCGGUCUUGAAGACUUUGUCACUUGCCGAAGAGCUGUCGCAUGACUGUCAGACAAUCAUAACAUUCUACUCUACCUCCCUAGCCCACGUAGUGGGUGCCUCGUACCAAGCCCCGGACGUCGCGUAUCUAGCUACGCAGUGGUUCGACUCAUCCAAUGACGUCCGGCAAGCUGCAAAAACUCUUUUUGAUGCAGGGAUUGUGCGUCUUUCGGACGAGGAGAGCAUUGCCCUUGUUGAUGCAUGGCAACACCACCUGCCAUGUUUGCAGCCUUCUAUGGAGAAGGAAUCCGCGAAAUCUUCACUCGCUUUAUUCAUCUGCGGAUACAUGGCAGCUGAGAAAUAUAGUCUAUUAUCCACCAGUUCACUCAUCGACAUCUCCAAGUCCAUCGCAUUGUAUUUGCACGACGAAUCAUCCGCGCACCGUGGUCUAGCCAUUGACCUAUGCGCACGCGGAUUCCAAAUAUGGCAGCAUUACGUCGAUGCUAUGGCGAUGCUCCGCGCAUUAUACACCCUCGCUACAAACACACGCAAGGAGACUAUCUCAGUUCGAAACAUCGGGCCCCAAGCAAGAUUGGCAGUCUUGCAAAUCGCAUCGAGUAGCACGCCUUUGUUCAUGACAACGCUCACACUAGACAUUCUCAAUCCAAAGACGCUGGACCAGCGGAAAGCAGUUAUGCAACUGGUAGCGUUCAUGAUCAGGAAGAGACCCCUGAUUCUGUACCCAAAUCUCCCCAGGUUGAUGGAAGCUGUGGUCAAAUCAUUAGAUCCCAAUUCCACAGCGAGCCGGGACGCCGUGCUCGACAGUGCAACCGAGAUCAUCGGCCAUGUGGUGAAGACAUUCCCCACAAUCGACUUCCACAUGGCGACUCAACGUCUUGCCGUCGGAACGAGCGAAGGCGCUUUCAUUAUGUAUGAUCUAAAGACAGCAACACAACUGUAUGUUCUCGAAGGACAUAAACGCCGACCGGCGGCGUGUACGUUUUCACCUGACGGACGCCGCCUCGUGACUAUGUCCCUUGAAGAAGGCGUUGUACUUGUCUGGAAAGUUGGCUCAAGCUUCACGAGUUUCUUUAACCCUGGAGCUCCACCCAGGCAAGGUCAUGGUGGGUCUUUGCCGUUCAAAACACUCAAUUUCAAUGUUGGCGACGAAGCUAACAUGACUAUUACGGGCACAUUGGAGUGGGUGAAGUUUGAAUGGCCGGCCGAACGCACCGUCCGUCUACACAUCCGAGAAAGCGUCCUGACCUUUAGUACCUGA